GUGGGCUCCACAGGUGUUGCAGUAGGCAUUGAACAUAUUGAUGAGUUAACGCAAUUUGCAACAAAAAAUGUUGGAAAUUGGAUGAAGCAUAGUCAAGCAGCUAAAACAGCUGGCAUAGAAUUGGGAAUACAACUAAAACUUGUAACUGGUGAUGGUCGUCAAGGUUGGCAAAAGGAUGCCCUUUAUGAUGCUAUUCAUGUUGGUGCUUCAGCUCCAACUAUUCCUAAUGCC